AUGCCUCACUCCACCUCGCCUGGCUCUGCGCAGAAUGAUGAUGAGAUGCCAGAUGCUCCUGCGGUCGAGACCGCAACUGAGAACAAUGUCAAACUCGAGGAUAUGUUUAACGACGACGACGACGACGAGUUCCCGGAUACCCAAGAUGUGAAGAUGGAUUCUCCUGCUGCGAAAGAAGAAGAGCCUCCAGCCCCUACACCCUCGGGCGUGGACCCAGAUGUCAUGCUCGCCUUCUACCAGCGACUGUUCCCCUUCCGAUACCUUUUCCAAUGGCUCAAUCAUGGAAUUGUGCCAACCAAAGACUUUGGCAACCGAGAAUUUGCGCUCACCUUGCAAAACGAUGCCUACCUCCGAUACCAAUCAUACCCCACUGCAGACAUGUUCCGAAAAGACAUACUUAGGAUGAACCCUUCUCGAUUCGAAAUCGGACCUGUAUACAGCACCAACCCACGCGAUCGCAAAACGCUACGAGGAGGACAAAUGAAGCCAGUCUCGAAGGAAUUAGCAUUCGAUAUCGAUUUGACUGAUUACGAUGACAUCCGUACGUGUUGCACCAAGGCCAAUAUUUGCGCCAAGUGUUGGUCCUUCGCGACAAUGGCAAUCAAAGUCAUCGACACCGCGCUACGGGAGGACUUCGGGUUCGAGCACAUCCUCUGGGUAUACUCCGGUCGUCGUGGUAUUCACGCUUGGGUAUGCGAUCCCCGCGCGCGCAAUUUGCCGGAUGAUCGACGACGAGCCAUCGCCGGUUAUUUCGAGGUCAUUCGUGGAGGGUCACAGAGCGGCAAGAAAGUCAACCUCAAGCGGCCACUACACCCUCAUAUCGUACGCAGCCUUGAGUUGCUCAAGCACGACUUUGCCCGGACCACGCUUAUUGAUCAGGACACAUUUGAAUCUGAUGAGCAGGCCGAACGCCUUUUGUCUCUACUGCCUGACAAAACAUUAAAUGAAUCCCUAAAAAAGAAAUGGAACGCCGCCCCAGAGCGUCCCAGCACCAGCAAAUGGGCCGACAUCGAUUUACUCGCGAAGACUGGUAAGAGCAGUACGCUCAACCCGGCCACUCUUCGAGACGCGAAGCAGGAUAUUGUGUUGGAAUAUACCUACCCACGCAUUGAUGCCGAAGUCAGCAAAAAGAUGAAUCACUUGCUGAAGAGUCCAUUUGUUAUCCACCCCGGAACUGGCCGCAUUUGUGUUCCCAUCGACCCAAAAAAUACAGAGAACUUUGAUCCUCUCUCAGUCCCGACCGUGCAUACCCUGCUCGCAGAGAUCGAUGAAUACGAUGCGAAACAUCCUGCUGGUACAGCGGAGGCCGAUGUCCCUGAUGUCGAAGGCAGUGCCAUCAAUGGCUCGGACAUGAAGGGUGGUCGCAAAUUGCAAGAGUACGAGAAGACCAGCCUAAAGCCUUACAUCGAAUACUUCCGCUCCUUCAUUGCAAGUCUCUUGAAAGAAGAGCGUGCUGGCAAACGUGAACGCGACGACAGUGGCCCGGCCGUCAAGGCGGAUCCCAUGGAGUUUUAA